AUGAGACUCGUUCCAAAAUGUCUUGGAUCAGAAAUACCUGCUACGCCACCGAAGCCCCCGCCGGCCUGCACCGUCGCUGGCCCCACCACCACCUCCCAUUCGCAGUGUAAACCGAUGCAUGCAACGACAAUUGAGGGCACAUCACGUCGAGCUCAUUGUGGGUACGUGGCGGGAGGAGGUGGUGGGGCCGGCGACGGUGCAGGCCAUCAGGGGCUCUUGUGGCGUAGCAGGAUGACUAGCCUCACAAUCUCGAGCACCAUUUUCCCUCCCAAAUCGAACCUUCCCAAGCCAUCACUAUCAUCAUCGUUCAAUGGCUUACGAAUCUCGCAUUUUCUCCCCACGCGCCGCCCCAGCCUGUCGUCCGGUCGGGCCUCGUCCUCCGUGUCGGUGGUGAUGAUGGCUAAAAGAGGGGAGGAGCUGAAGGACAUCAGGGCUAAGUCGACGGAGGAGCUCAAUGAAGAGAUUGUGGACCUUAAAGGCGAGCUUUUCAUGCUCCGCCUACAGAGAUCGGCCAGGAAUGAGUUCAAGUCUAGCGAGUUUCGCCUUAUGCGCAAAAGGAUUGCGCGUAUGCUAACCGUGAAAAGAGAGAGGGAGUUGGAGGAAGGGAUCAACAAGAGGCUGUCGAGAAAGCUCGACUUCAAAUGGAAGAAAAGUAUUGUGCCAAGGCCGCCACCAUCUCUCAAAAAGUUACAAGAAGAGGAAGCAGAUGCUGAGGCUAAAAAGUCGGCUUGA